AUGGAAGCAACAACUUAUUCCUUUCGAUCUUGUAUUCGAGGCUACCAUGUGUAUAAGGAUAUAUGGGAUUCAGUUGUUGGUGAAGUUCUGGAUUGCGAGGUAAGACGUGUUUAACAAUGUCAAAUGUAGAGAACAGAACGUUGGCGAUAAAAACAAACCCCUUAGUUCUUUGAAAAUUUGGCGUUACAGUAUUGAUGAAUGAAUUGAUCUCCGCAACACGCGUGUUUUUUUACGCAGCACGAGCCUGAUAACCCACACGACACCCAUGCUGUUGCCGUUAAACGGGUUCAAGAUCAAGGAGGCAUGCAGCAGAUCGUAGGUCAUGUGCCAUUGACACUGUCACGUGUAUUUCACUUGUUCUUAAAACACGGAGGACAAAUCUCAGUGGAAGUGACUGGUAAACGGAGAAACAAGGGCAUUGGACUAGAAAUUCCGGCUACUUAUUUGUUUUAUCACAAGAAGCCUUCGAAAGUGAAGAAGUUAAUAGAAUUAAUAAGAGACAAAGAAGAGAGCAGAAGUUAA